AUGAAGGAGGAGGGCGACUGGAGCAGCAGCGAGAGGCGACUGCACGUCAGCGCCAGGUCCGCCAUCGCCAACCCAUCUCCGAGCGCCGCGUUCGCCGACCACCGUUUCCGUCCACGCCACUGGGUCAUGCUCGACCUGAAAUCCAAGAUCCCCGACGACGACGACGACGCCAGGCUCUUCCUCCACGCCCCCACGGGGCGCUUCCGCCGCCUGCGGCUCCCGGCGCUCCGGGACCACUACAUCCUCAGCGCGUCCGACGGGCUCAUCGUGCUCAGAGACAGGGAGCACCCACGCUUGGCUCGUGUCCUCAACCCCUUGACAGGCGACAUGCUCCACUUUGCUGCGCCCUUGUGGGAAGGGCUAGGGUCUGUGGCUACACUGCAUGCCGCAGUGAGCGGCGGCGCUCGACCGGCGCUGGUCGUGUGGCGGAUAUGGGACAGAAGAGGGCACACGGUUCUGUAUGGUGAUCCAACCAGCACUGAAUUUGCUGAGGGGUACAUUGGCAAGGUCUUGCUGACUACCAUGGUUACCUUCCAAGGGACCAUCUAUCUUGCUGGUCAGGAAGGAUCGGUAUGGAAACUCGUCCCAGCAGAGCACCGCCAUCCUGAGCUUCUAGUCGCAGCUCAGAUGUCGCCUGAUGCGGACAUAUAUUUACAGGAGAACAAAAUCGCAAAGUCUUAUCUCGUGGAGUCUGCCGGGGAGCUUCUGCUCGUUCGCCAUCGGGAUCAAGCCUUGAAAGUUUUCAGAGUCGAUGUCGAGCACAAGAUGUUGGAGGAGGUCAAGAGCAUCAGCUGCCGCGCACUGUUUCUUGGUGCCGAGAGGUGUGUGUCAGUGGAUGCCAAUAUGCUUCCGUCCAUCGACACUGACUGCAUAUACAUGUUUGAUUGGGUACAAACUCACAUAGAGCGUGUCUUGCAUGUCUAUAACCUAAGGGACGCCACGAUGGACAUUAUCUACCAUCCAAAACAAAGCUUUCACGAGGAUCCCUAUCAUUAUUUAUUUGGAUUGGACAUUUACAGUAGUCACAAUGGAUUUGACAUUUACAGUAGUCACAACAACCAUCAUGUCCGCCCUCUCAGUCUUAUUCAGGUUCUCCUCGACUACUGCAACGGCGAUACGAGCUCUAAUUUUUAA